GCAGGUGUACGUGAAUGCGUCACAAUCACUUCUCUUAUACUUGUAAAUUUUGCUCCUGUGAUCCUUCUCAGAUACACUCGCAAACAAACCCACAUUUAAUCGUGACCGCUGUGAUGAUGGCAUUUAAUAAAAAACAAUUGAAAGCAUCAUUCACACCAAACACCCACUCACGUUGUGUUUAAGGACGCUGAUGCUGCUCUGUCAAUCAGCUAACAUCAGCUACGCCUACGGGCAAGCUGCUGUUAGCAUCCUGGCUGGGUUGUUGUUUUAUCCUUACACAAACGAGGGGCAGGAUUUAUUUUUUAAAUUAGGAUUCACAAGUAACAAUGUCGUGAUGCAAAUAGAAAACGGCGUCACUCCUUUGCUUAAUAAGCCCGUCCGACAGAGAUAUUAAAGGUAACGUAACUUGGCUACCGUUAGCAGCUAGCUAGUGACUGUAGUGACUUCUUGAUAGCGCCAUGCUAACUCUGGGCUGAAUAUAAACUAAAAACAGACUAACAGUGACACAAAGACAGUUAGAAAUACUUUAUUAUCAGGACCUUAUUUUAUAUCUGCUACACUGUUUGAAUGACAGGUUAUAUUAAUGAAAAGUCCGCGCUUUGUAACAGAGAUAGCUAACAUUAGCUACUGAGUAUGUGCACAAUAUGGAAACUGAGCUUUACGAUUCAGUGUCUUUCCUUAAACAUCUGUAUUUGUCAGAAUAAUCGAUUCACAUACUCUUAUAUUUCCCGACUUGUGGAAAGCACAUGGAAAAAGAGUAUAUUUACAAAAGAGUAAAUAUUGGUGCUUCUUUCCUGCACAUUACUUGAAUUUGCAACAGGUCUGAGCAGAAACCAAAGUCAACCCAAAUACUAUUUUGCUCAUAUUGUUCUUUUCAGUUUUGUGUGACCAUGGACCCGACCUGCGGUGCUCCAGCUGCUGGUCUGACUGUCCAGGUGUGUUUCCCUGGAGCCCGUGCUGCUGUUUUGGACAAUCUGAACCGUCAACGGGAAGAAGGCCGGCUGUGCGACCUUUCGAUCCAGGUGCAGGGUCAUGUGUUCAGGGCGCACCGCUGUGUCCUGGCUGCAUCUUCCCCUUACUUUCAUGACCAGGUGAGCAGGAUACACCAGGAUAGGGUAUACUCUGUCCUAGAGAUCUGCCCAAAGACUGGCAUCAGUAGAGGUUAUGGCUUGUUCUUCUAUUUCUAGAGAUGUAUAAUUUUAAAGAUGUUUAGCAAUAUGUCAGCAUCAGUUUCAGGGGGUAUUUCAGCUUCAAGAGGUAGAGACGUGCUCUUCAUGUUUAUAUCUGGUCAGUGUUGCAGGUCCGUUCAUUUAUAUUGAGUUUAUUUGUUCCUGUUUCUCACCAGGUGUUACUGAAGAAUGUUACGACUGUGUCUCUGCCCUCGGUUAUGGACCCUGUGGCCUUCGAGAGCGUCCUUAGUUCUGCAUACACAGGCCAGCUGAGCAUCGUGCAAGAUGACAUUGUCAACUAUGUCACCGUGGCCAGCUUUCUCCAGAUGUGGCACAUCGUAGACAAAUGCACCGAGAUCCUGAAAAGACCUCGACCUUCAUCAGAAGUCACUCCUGGAGAGCCAACCUCGGCUCCCCCUGGAACUGCAUCUCGCCAGCAGUCCCCGAGCAGCUCAGACUGCUCGUAUCUGGAGAGGGAAGGAAGGAGGAAGGAAAGGAAGCCUGAUGCGUUGCCCCCAUUAGCAACAUGGAGACGCCCACAGCAGUUCCAAAGAUGGGGUCGUCCUCGGCCCUCAUCAGCCCAGCACUUUGCAGACUCUCAACUGGACACCCUCCCAUGCUAUGCGGAGAGUGAUUACCCCAGCUGCGAGGAUGCAUGGAUCUCCAGUCAGUCUAAAACUGGCCACUACGCCCACGAUGCACCAGGUCACAAUAGCAGGCACCACGGGACCUUCCCUUGCGGGGAAACAUUAAAGCAGAAAGUCCGGAUUCAUCAGCGAGGAGCGCCGCAGAGCGCCGAUAGAUUGCCUGAUAAGAAUAGAGAGGUUGGGGACGACGAUGAGGCACAAGAGAGAAGGAAGAAUGAGAAAAGAGAGAUCGAGGCCGAUGAGGGAGUUGGAGAGGAGGCGUUGGAGAAGAAAGAAGGCUUUGCACAAAUGGGACACUGUGGUGAGAUACAAAAGCCUGAUUUUACUUCAAACACAAACAGUAUGUCUCUGUCUGACACGGCGGCUUUGAAGCAGGAAUCAGCUUUACGUUUCAAAACUAUCUCAUGAUCAGAGUAAACGGGUUCAUAAGUCAGUUUUAAAGCAAAUCCUACAACUUUCCGAAUCCCUUAUGUAACGGCACAAACUGAACAUCCCCGAUAGUUUUCUGUGUCCAGAAACAAGCUGGCAUUCAUCGUUGUAUCACCUCGUACUACGGAAGUGUUAAUGCAUUCACACAAGUUUUCCUUUCUCAUCGUGCAGUGCAAUUGUAACUUGGCAGCUCAAGGAGCACAAAUAAACUUGGUGCAUUGGAGUGAGUCAGACUGUGUAGAUCAUUGCAAACUUUGCAAGAGCUGUACACAAGGCCAGAGCGGUAAAGCAGCGCGAGUGGGCAGCCAGAGAACCUUCGAGUCUGCAGUCUCUUAGUUUCUCCGUUUUAUAGAAACUUGCCAACACAUCGCAAGGCCAGGGUUGGUUGGAGUAUCCAUGGCUGCAAGUAAAAGAAAAUAUUAGAGUAGUAUUCAUUUCUAUGAACUUACCAACACUUUAGUCAGUGUGAGGACACAAAAAGGAGGGAGCACAGCCAGUAAAACUGAAAUCGAGUGAAAAAAAUCUAAUGUUGGAAAUCGAAAAAACUGUUUCUGUGACAAAUAACAAACCUUGUUGGAUGAAAGAGGCGCAAAAAUGUAUGAAUCUCAUGUGCUGGUACGUGUCAGAACAGAAACUCCCUGAACAUAAUGAGUGAGUUUUGACGAGUUUACUGAUGUCUUCUUGGUCCAAAAGAGUGAACCCUUAUGUACGAGUUUGAAUCUCCUGAGAGUGAUUUCAUACCUGUGCUGAUAUCUGUUUAAUCUUUGCUAAUUGAAAACACAUUUUCCUGUCCUCCACUUUAGUAAGUAAAGUUUAUUUAUGAAGCCCUUUUCACAGAUAAAAAUCACAAAGUGCUGUACAUGAAAAAGUGCAAUUAGAUAAACAUAAAACGGUACAAAAGUACAUUAUAGUGGAUAUGGAAAUAAGUGCAGAUGUAAAAGAUAAGUAAUAGAGACAAACAAAACCCUGUUAAUUGAAAUCUCGUCUAAAUAAAAGAGUCUUCAACUGCUUCUUAAAAUUAUCCACUGAGUUGAUCAAAUGGAGGGAGAGGGGCAGAUUGUUCCAGAGUCUGGGGGCUACCGUCUUAAAAGCCUGGUCUCCCCAAGUUUAAAACGGGUCUUCGACACCAUCGGGGAGUUCUGGCCUGACGUCCGAAGGGGCGCCCUGGGGAUUCGGGGCACAACAAGUCAGUGAUAUAUUGGGGGGCCUGACCAUGCAGCGCCUGUAGAGUUAGGACUAAAAUUUUCAAAUAAUACGAAAAUAGAUAAGACAGGGGUGAUGUGAGUUUUGGACAAACUGGAACCUCUUUAUCGCUGACUUAUUAAAAAAACAGAUGAACAGAGAAUUACAGUAAUCAAUACGAUAUGAGAUAAAUGCAUGAAUGAUCAAUUCAAGAUCUAAUUGAUCAAACCUAGAACAUCCAUUGGCUUCAGUUUUAUAUGUACUUCUGUUACACCGUAAAGAAAACUCAAGGUCGCAGCGUUGUUGCCUUCUGUAUGUGAUUUUCUUUCAUGUUUGCUCCGCAGAAUUCCACUCAGUUUCAAACGAGGACGUCACUCCCGGAGGAGCGUCGGGAAAAUCAAACGUGGAGGAGGUGAAGGAAAAGGUGCCGAGGAAUUUGGCGGAUCCUCCCUCAGACCUGUCUGGUGUUCAUGCUUCAUGCCAAACAGGUGAGGCGGCUCCGGGCCCCUCCUGUUCGGCUUCGGUUCGAAUGCAGUGGCAGGCAGGUCUGUGGUCUGACCAGGGGCCGAGGCUGCAGGACGGAGGAGCUGGCAGCUGCAGUAAAGAUGAUGAAGAGGAGGAGGAGGAGGAGGAGGAUGGGGACUUUGAGUGUUUCACAGGCGGGAGCUUCAGCAGAGAAACAUUUAGUGAGAUUGAAGAGGGAACAGGACAGGUUUCCCAGAAGUCUUUGGGGCCAGGGUCUCCUGACUUCAACACCGCUGGCUCAGAGGUGAACUGGCCCUCCACUAGUGCGGGGCAGGCUGGCUCUCUGACCCCCACCUCCAAUCACCACGUGUCUCCAUCCUCUGCUGCUUUCCCACCGCCCUCCUCACCUCCAACUCCAUCCUCCUCAUCCUCGGUGUCCCACACCGGCGCCGCCUUUUCAGGCAAAGUCCACUUCUGCCACUGCGGCAAAGCCUACACCCUGAAGAGCAUGCGCGACCGGCAUGUGAAGAUGCAGCACCUCAAUCUCCGCCCCUUCGGCUGUCCUGUUUGCACAAAGUCCUUUAAAAUGAAGCACCACCUAACGAAGCACCUUAAGACUCACGGGGGGCUGCGGCCCUACGAGUGCAGCCUGUGUGGGAAGAAAGUCAUCUGGAGAGACAGCUUCCUCAGACACCAGGCCCGAUGUGAGAGACUCGCCUCCAGCUCUUCGGGAAACAGCAACAACACGAGCGCAGCAGCAGGAGCAGACGUGGACGACAGCUACACUUACGAAUUCGAAGGCGGGGACGCUUUCCUGGCGGGGGGAGGACAGGUGAAAGUGGAGGAGGUGGAUUUUCACGGGGAGAUGGAGGACCAGAUGGGCGGUCUGCUAGGAAAUGUGACUGGGAUUGUGAAUGAGCUGAGAACUGAGACGCAGAGUCUGGACAUGGUUAGCCAUGUUUUUAAAAAGGAGGCGAGCGAGGGCUUCAGCGGGAACUAAACCUCAACGUGAAACAAGUUUAGAGACAAUCACAAAGAUUCUUUGAUAUGAACUUUAAAAUGUAAAUCUGUGACCUGCAGUGGUGUGAAUGUACCUUUGACCCCUUCCAAACUUCAUUUUGCACAUAAACUAUUUACCGUUAAAGGGGGCUUACGUUUCUGUCCUUUUUCCUCCUGUUACAUGAAUAUUUCUUUGCACUAUGUACAGAAAAGAAACCUUAAAUUAAAUAAACCACUUUGGGUUUUUCUGAUGA